CAUAGGUAAAUUUUGUUUCUUCGACUUUAUUCGGCUAUGCGACAUAUCCUGGACGAACGACGUUGUUGAGGCAUAAGUCAUCUUUAGACUCCAAAAUGGCAAUGGCACUUGAUCCAGAGGCGCCCCCAGACGCAUGGCUUAGCGAUCUAGCAUACCAUUUAAGCUGGGAACUAUGGAUGUUGGAUCACCAUGACGCGUCGACAACGGAGUUAUCGCAAAUCUUCGGAAGUGAUGGAGUUCCCGACGUGCCACCGCAACAGAUUGCACAAGAAGCUAAGAAGAAGCUUUCCGUGCUGAGAAUGGAAAUGCAGAAAAAUGGAGGCAAAAUCGAUGAAAGCGAUCCCGAUUUUAAAAAGGCCGAAGCCGAAUGCAAAAAAGAAGAAGAUAAAAAAGAGUUUAAAGACACGAAUACAUGGUGGAACCAGUUCUUCAGGCAAAAAAGAAAUGACACGGUUGCUGUGGCAUUAUGCAACGAGGAAAUAUUGAUUGCCGCCAACGUCAAGGCAGGCAAUCAUAGAUACAUAAAGAAAGGCGGUAGAGGAAAGCAUCGUGUCGGGCCGUAUGGGUUUCAUGAUGGGCGUUUCAUCAAUACGAUACAAAGUGCAUGCAAAGCCUUCAAACAGAUAGGCAAUAGGAAGAUCUAUUUGCUCACACCAACGGAGGAGCCGCCGGACAUGUACGAAAAUAUGAAGCGACACGCGGAAAUGCAAAUCUACCGGUAUCGGCACGAAUUCCCAGAAUCUAUUAAAGCUAUUGGAGUAUCUAAGUUGGCUUGCCGAAAGUGCAGGAUGGUCAUGGACAAUAACGGUAUCAGAUACGUUGACAGGGCAUUCGACUUCCUUGCACACCCCAUUCCGCCAGAAGAAGUGGAAAUCACACUCAGAGACGCCAGAAUCACCAAUUGGUUGGACCCGUUUGAUCCGGAAUUUGGGGAUGUAGUAGCAGAGCAGCUAGGUCACAGGUCGAGAUAA